AUGCCAAAAAUCGGGAAGAAGAAUGGAUCUUCUGAUCUCCAGUCAGGGAGCGAUACUGGUAACAAUGGAUCCGAUGUUAAAUCGCACGACGCUACUGAUCCGAGCGGUGCUGCUAAUGCCGAUACAAGCGUACAGAAUCAAUGUAUUCAGCGUCACUCGUCGGAGCAUCAGCAACAACCGCCACAGAAAUCAUUUCACGCAGCCGUUUCAGUUAGUUCAGCUAGCGUAGCAAGCAGUAGCGCUCAGAGCAGCAUGCGAAGAAAAAUGGAAUUACAGCUACGGAAAUUAGAAGAAGCUAAAGCGAUUGAGCAACGGUUUUUAGACAUGAAAUUUGCUAUCCUUGAUAAGUUCGAAAACGACACUAGCAGCGUGAUCGAUGAUAUUCCGUCGAUUGCUGAUAAGGUUUCGCAAAUCGAAAACUGGAUCGAUGAUACAAAUAAGGUUGGUAACGAAGACCCCGGUUUGCAACUCGAAGUAAUAAACACAACGACCCCAAAACAAACCCUACCAGUGAAUUCUGUACAUUUUCCCCGUGGUAAUCAAACUCGUGACCAUUUUAUUCCCGGGUAUGGUUCAACACCUAAUCGACAACCAAUAAUUCAACCACCCAUCGUUUCGCGAGUGAAUCGUUCGACUAAUGCGAAUAAUAUAGAGGAUGAAACAGUUUGUAUUCUCAAUCGUAGCCAAUUGGCUGCACGCCAUGCAGUGUCGAAGGAUCUCCCGGAGUUCAGUGGUAAGCUGGAGGAUUGGCCACUUUUCUUCGCAAUGUUCAAUACUUCCACGCAAAUGUGCGGUUUUUCGGCCGAAGAAAAUAUGCUACGGCUCCGCAAAUGCUUGAAAGGAGCGGCGUUAAAUGCAGUCAGUUGCGAAUUACUUCACCCAUCCAACGUUGCAAGCGUUAUAUCAACACUAAAAAUGUUGUACGGCAGGCCAGAAAGGAUUAUUCAGGCUUUAAUUUUGAAAAUCGAGGAGCUUCCAUCGUUGGACACUGAUGACUUCGAUACUGUUAUUCAGUUUGCGCUUGGAGUCAAAAACCUUUGUGCCACAAUACAGGCCUGUGAAAUACCAGACUUUGUUUAUAAUGUCGCUCUUAGGAGCAAAUUAGUAGAACGUUUACCACCCUGGUUGAAAUAUAAAUGGGCAGAAGCUACAGAGGGAAGCGUUAUGCCAAGCCUGCAAGAUUUCAAUGCAUGGUUGUAUGCUGUGGCUGAAAGGUUGAACUCAGUUAAACCCAUACGGAGCAGCGAACAAAAAGGGACCGAUCGUAAACUGGGAUUUCGGGCGAAAAAGGAAAAUUUUCUUAAUGUCCAUGUUCAAACAGACAAGCAUACAGAGAUAGGUAAACCUCAACCUAGCAAACAUCAAGAAUUUCCGAAAGCUUGUGGCGUGUGUAAGGGCACCUGUUCUUCGCUAGAAAAAUGCAAACGCUUCUCGGAAUUCGGUUAUGACUCAAGAUGGGCAACCAUAAAAGAACUCAAACUUUGCCGAAAAUGCCUUAACCGCCAUUACACUUCCUGUAAUCGAAAGAAACCGUGUGGAAUUGACGGCUGUACUUUCCUGCAUCAUCCUCUUUUACAUUGCAAUAAGAAAGUGGUAAUUCCACCUAGCUCAGUCGCAGACAAAUCUAUUGAAGAAAGUGAACGUAGCUGCAACGUACACCAACAACGAACCAGCGAUGUUCUGUUCAGAUUUGUGCCUGUGAUUCUGCACGGCCCGUCUAAAGCGAUUCAGACAUAUGCGUUUAUCGAUGAUGGCUCAGAACUAACUCUCCUAGAGAAAGGACUAGCUGAUGAGCUGGGUGUCAGCGGAAAAUCUUCACCCCUGUGCCUAAAAUGGACCGGAGACACUCGGCGACUAGAAAGGACUUCUCAGAAAGUGGAUUUGGAAAUUGCCGGUACAUCGAAGUACGCGAAGAGAUUCAAACUCACCAACGUAAGAACCGUAGAAAAGCUUCAACUUCGUCCACAAACUAUGCUGAUCGACGAGUUGCAGAACCGUUUUCCGCACUUGAAGGGAUUACCAAUAGAAUCCUAUCGAAAUACCUCCCCGCGUAUUCUUAUAGGAGUUGAUCAUGCCAAACUGGGACAUGUAACUAACAGUCGCGAAGGUAAACCAUCGGAGCCAAUAGGCAUAAAAACGUGCUUGGGGUGGUGCGUAUAUGGGUCUUUAAUAUCCAAUGGCUCAGAUAGCUGCUCCUUUAAUAACCAUCAGCUCGAUGGUUGCCAGUGUAAUCACGACUGCGACAACGUGCUUCAUAACGAGAUGAAGAAUUAUUUUUCUCUUGAUAGUAUGGGAGUCGUAAAAUCAGGAAAUUUUAUACUUUCGACUGAGGAUGAACGAGCACAAAAAUUGCUGAAAAUGCUAACGUGCUGGAAAGGAGGAAAAUACGAGUCGGGCCUACUCUGGAAAUACGACAACCCGCGUCUUCCCGCUAGUAGAGAAAUGGCCCUCAAGCGAUGGCGGUGUCUGGAGCGACGAAUGGAGAACGACCCUAAACUUAGUGAUGUGUUAAACGCGAAAAUCGCGGAUUAUGUCUCUCAGGGCUACAUACGAAGGCUCACUAACGAGGAACUGAAUACACAGCAUUCCCGUAUCUGGUACCUUCCAGUAUUCCCGGUCGUAAACCCAAACAAACCACUUAAAACAAGAUUGGUUUGGGACGCAGCUGCCAAAGCGUUUGGUGUUUCACUAAAUUCAGUACUGCUCAAAGGACCAGAUCUCUUAACGUCAUUGCUCGGAGUCCUCAUUCAAUUUCGGGAAUAUCGUGUAGCAGUAUGUGGCGAUUUGCGAGAAAUGUACCACCAGAUACAAAUGCGAGAAGAAGACCAGCAAUGUCAACGUUUUUUCUGGGGUCGUGAGGAACAUUCCGCAGAACCAUACGUAUAUGUUAUGCAGGUUUUGACCUUUGGCGCCUGCUGUUCGCCUAGCACAGCUCAAUACGUAAAAAACGAACAUGCAAAACGCUAUGAGCAGAAAAGCCCUGCUGCUUUUCGUGCAAUAACCGAGCAACAUUAUGUUGACGAUAUGCUAGUGAGCGUGGAGACAGAAAAAGAAGCGACAGAGCUUGUCGGCGAAGUAAAACGAAUUCAUGCAGAGGGUGGAUUUGAAAUGCGAAACUGGCUUUCUAAUUCCGAAGAGGUGCUAGCAAAUUUGACCGACAAACCAACCGCCGAGAAAAACUUGGACGUAUGCGAUGGAGCCCCCACUGAAAAAAUCCUCGGAAUGUGGUGGAAUACUAAAAAAGAUUGUUUCACAUUUAAACUCUCCAACAAGUGUCAAGAUGAGUUUCUAUCCGGAUUUCGUCGACCCACCAAGCGUGAGGUUCUUCGUACACUGAUGCUGAUGUUCGAUCCGCUUGGCCUUAUCGCCCACUUUAUGAUGUUUUUAAAAGUCCUGUUACAGGAGAUCUGGAGAUCUGGAAUCAAUUGGGAUGACUGCGUCUGUGACGCGGAGUUUCAAAAAUGGUUAAUGUGGAUUGACGAGCUUCCCAAACUGAAACUAGUGGAAAUUCCGCGCUGUUAUCGCAACAUUACAUCAAUAAGCGCUGAAAUUCAACUUCACGCCUUCGUCGACGCCAGUGAAAACGGAUUUGCCGCCGUCGUAUACUUACGAUACACAGAAGGAAGUACUAUCGAAUGUGCCCUAAUAGGUGCCAAAACACGGGUAGCGCCAUUGCGGUAUUUAUCAAUUCCUCGCUCAGAACUGCAGGCGGCUGUGAUAGGAACACGUCUAACUAACAACGUGCUCAAAGCACUUAAUGUUAAAGUUAGUCGACGAUAUUUUUAUACUGACUCUCGAGACGUUUGCUGUUGGUUAAAUUCGGAUCACCGAAGGUAUAAUUCUUACGUAGCUUGCAAGGUAAGCGAGAUUCUUGAAAGUACCGAGCCUGCAGAAUGGCAUUGGAUUUCGACCAAGUAUAACGUCGCCGAUGAAGGGACGAAAUGGAAGGGAAAACCGGAUCUUAGCGCAACGAGCCGAUGGUUUCACGGCCCCGCAUUCUUAUGGAAACCGGAAACAGAGUGGCCGAUAACCUCGCGCCAAUAUGGGCCAACGGAUGAAGAACUCCGGCCCCAUCUUAUGGUGCACACCUUAGCAUUACAACCAGCAAUAAAUGCGUAUAAAUUUUCGAGUUGGACUACGUUACUGCGUAAAGUUUCUUCACUGUACCGGUGUGCUCUCAAUUGGAAACGGCGAGUAAAAAAGAUACAGCUAAUCAGCGGAUCGCUUACCCGAGGUGAGUACACCUUAGCCGAAUGUUAUUUAUACCGUACCGCUCAAGAAGAUGUAUUUGCGGAUGAAAUAGCCAUUUUUAUGAAUAAUUCUGGGGCUCAAACAACUAAGCCACUUCCCAAAUGCAGCUCGUUAUACCGACUCUGCGCAUAUUUAGAUGAAAGCAAUGUUUUGCGUAUUCGCGGUCGCACUGCAGCAUGCAAAUAUAUUGAUGCCGGUGCAGUUGACCCAGUUAUACUUCCUCGUCGGCACCAUAUCACUCACUUGAUAAUAGCGGACUUCCAUCAACGUUUUCAUCAUCAGAAUCACGAAACGGUUCUAAACGAAUUACGACAGAUUUAUUACAUACCAAGACUGAAGAGCAUCUUUAAAAAGGUACGCAGUGAAUGUCAGCAGUGCAAAAACGAACGGGCUAAGCCUCGCCCGCCUUUAAUGGCAGAUCUUCCAGUCGGUCGAUUAGCUGCAUACUGUCGUCCGUUCACACAUACAGGAGUGGAUUACUUCGGUCCCAUAACUAUCUCGCUCGGUCGUCGGGUGGAAAAACGGUGGGUGGUGCUUGCUACUUGCCUGACGACACGAGCAAUUCAUUUACAAAUUGCCUUUACAUUGUCAACCGAUUCAUGCAUAAUGGCUUUACGAAACAUAUUCGGAAGACGGGGAACCCCGGCCGUCAUAUAUAGUGACUGCGGUACCAAUUUUCAAGGCGCUUCGAAAGAAUUUAAAACCGCAAUGGAGAACGUAGACCACGAUCGACUGGUGAAGGAAUUCACGUCGGCUCAUACCGAAUGGAAGUUCAAUCCUCCAGCUUCACCCCACAUGGGGGGAGCCUGGGAACGACUCAUCAGAACCGUAAAGAUAAACCUAAACAAUGUUUUGGCAUCGAGAGUAACAUCAGCGGAAGUUCUCGAGAAUGCUCUGACGGAGGUGGAAAAUAUCGUGAAUUCCAGGCCGCUGACAGACAUUCCGCUUGAGAAUGAUUUUUCUCCAGUAUUAACACCUAACCAUUUUUUGAUUCAAUCUUCAAACGGUUUGAAACCCUUGGUUCCACUCGACAACAGCCCAGUUGCUCUCUAUAAUAAUUACAAAACCUCUCAAGUUUUAGCUAACAUGUUUUGGAAGCAAUGGCUACGGGACUAUCUGCCAACGAUUACUAGACGUACCAAGUGGUUUGCUGCUGUGGAACCAAUCAAAGUCAAUGACCUUGUUGUCGUGGUUGAUCCAAAAUUACCCCGAAAUUGCUGGCCUAAGGGAAGAGUGAUCGCAGCCCAAACCGGUUUGGAUGGUCAGGUACGACGAGCAACCGUGCGGACUGGAUAUGGCGGAAUAUAUGAAAGACCGGCAGUGAAGCUCGCUGUACUCGACGUUGGCGUAGGAAAUAAUGCGCCUAGUGCAGAACCUGCGCAUUCCGGGGGGAGUGUACAGCACUCUCUAUAUGUCGAUUUUGCUUUCACGCCUCUUACCUAUCGAAAGGAUCGCCAUACGCAGAGUGCCAGCGAAUGGACUUACAUGCCAGACCGACGGUUCUUCGAUCACGCCCAUUGCUCAUCUAGAGGAUCGUCAUAA